AAAGUCUUGUUUUGCAGCUUUGGUGCGCAAAUUCGGUUGGGGGAUAUUGCAACUCUUUGUUCCAGAGAUAAAUUACAUAUAUCAGAGGAAGUUAGUCCAUGUUGAAGUUGCGAAAUUCCUAAGUGUCGUGUUUGAAGAAAUGCCACAACCGAGCAAAUCACAGCUCGAAAAAAUGCACAUUGAUCAAAUAAUAUAUGAUGCCAUACAACAUGGAAUUCUUGAAUUUAUAAAAGAAAUGAUUAAAUGGAAUCCUGAAAUUAUAAGGAAAAAGGAUAAAAAUGGGAAAACAAUUUUUUCGCACGCAAUUGCUUUGCGUCAAGAGGAGAUUUAUAGCCUUAUAUUUGAUUUAGGAGCAAGGAAGAGUAUAAUUGCAAAGAAGCAUGAUAUUUUUAAGAACAAUUUUUUACAGCUUGCUGCAAAAUUAUCUCCUCCGUCUCAACUUGAGAGGGUAUCUGGAGAAGCCCUACAAAUGCAAAGGGAACUGCAAUGGUUUAAGGAAGUCGAGAACAUAGUACAACCCAAACUCAAAGAGGAAAAAAAUGAGUUCAACAAAACCCCCGAAAUGGUAUUCAGAGAUGAACACAAGAAAUUAGCCAAAGAAGCAGAAAACUGGAUGAAAAACACAGCAACAUCAAGCAUGAUAGUGGGCACUCUAAUUGCUGCUGUAAUGUUCACAACAGCUUUCACAGUACCAGGUGGAAAUAAAAACGACACAGGAUUGCCAACAAUGUUGGAAACUCAAAGGACCCUGUGAAAAGGAGGGAAGCAAGAAGAGAAGAAAGGGAAGAGAAGGCAAGUAGCGCCUAGGCGCCCCGAAUGCAGAAGGGAAGCAGAAUAUUGGCGCCUAGGCGCCACUUCCAUGGCGCCUAGGCGCCCCGGCAUGUAUAUAUAUAUGCAUUUUUUCCCUCUUUCAUAUAACAUAACAUUCACAACCCAAGACCUAGAGAGAAAAGAGAGAAAACUUUGGAGAGAAUUUUACAAGUUGAAGGUGUUCAUCU